AUGGCAGUGGAUGUUCAAGAUAACGAACUAAGUUACUUGGAAAUGGUGCAUUUAAUGGUGGAAGUACUGGACAGCUACUUCAAUAAUGUCUGCGAAUUGGACAUUAUCUUCAACUUCUACAAGGUGUACCAGGUGCUAGACGAGAUGUUUCUAAGCGGCGAGUUCCAAGAAACAAUCGCGCAUUCAGUUGCCUCUUGGGGCUUCUUUGUAGGAAACACAAGCCUCCUCACCCAUAGCAGAGAUGAUAGUGACCAAAAGGUCCUUACCUUCGUCAAAGUCAGCUUGCAAUUUAUCACCCAACUCUCCGUCUGGGGCCUUGACGUCAUCCUUGGUCUCACCGUCGUUGGUCAUCAAGUUCAAGUAACCAUCGUCAAUGUCCAACAAUUGGAACUCGGUUCUUCUAACGAAUGGAACCUCCAUGUUGUGGGUAGAUGGGGACAAGUCCUCCAACUUCUUUUGGGUGAAGAUGUCAAGAGCAACCAAGUGGACCUUGGCGUGACCGUGCUUACCAGUCUUGGAAGUGGACAUGUCGACAAUCUUGCAUGGUCUACCCUUGAUAACAACGAAACCGUUCUUUCUCAAGGCAGAACAUUGCAUUGGGUAGGUCAAAGAGGAACCAGCAUCAGCGGUCUCGAAGGUGUGCUAAGACGUUAG